UCAUCUAUUUGUAAAAGACAAAAGAUCACAAAGAGGCAAGUUGAAGCCUACACAUCACCAAACUAUUCCACUCUUGUUCGGUUAUCAAACUAUUUCUCUUGUUAUUAUAGUGGAAAAAUUUUCCAAGAAAAAAGAUUGAGAGAAGAAUGUGUAGAGAAGGAAGAGAUAAGAAGAACAAAUCUGAAGCUUCUACAAGAUCUCACACUCAAGCAAGAUCUUCUUCUGACAUCUUCAAGACCAUUCUCCUGGUAGUUAUAGUCGGAUCUUUGGCAUGGUUUUAUAAAGCAAUCCAACCACCAACCCCGAGAACUAUAGGCUCUACCAGCGGAGCCGCCGUGACAUGGCCUAGGAUCAAACUGAGAGACGGAAGACACUUGGCUUACAAGGAAUUCGGAUUCCCUAGAGAUGAAGCCAAGUUCAAGAUCAUAUACAUCCACGGGUUUGAUUCUUGUAUGCUCGAUUCGCCUUUCCCUCAGUUCUUAUCUCAGGCUCUUGUGGAGGAGUUGAGGAUAUACACUGUGUCUUUUGACCGUCCUGGUUAUGGAGAGAGUGAUCCUGACCCGAAUCGAUCACCAAGAAGCAUAGCAUUGGAUAUAGAAGAGCUGGCUGAUGGGUUGGGACUAGGACCUAACUUCUAUGUGGUUGGUCUCUCCAUGGGUGGUGAAAUCACAUGGACAUGCCUUAAGUACAUUCCUCACAGGUUAGCAGGAGCGGCGCUUUUAGGACCGGUGAUUAACUACUGGUGGAGAAACUUACCGAGAGACAUAACAAGAGAAGCUUUCUCUUCAACGUCUCCUGCAGAUCAGUGGGCUCUUAGAGUGGCUCACCAUGCUCCUUGGCUUACAUAUUGGUGGAACACUCAGAAAUGGUUCCCAUUCUCCAAUGUGAUUUCUGGUAACCCGGUUAUUUUCUCCCGUCAGGACAUGGAGGUCGUGUCUAAGCUCGGAGGCUUCAGACCAAAUCUGGCAUACAUAAGACAACAGGGUGAAUACGAAAGCAUACACAGAGAUUUGAAAGUUGGAUUUUCAAGCUGGGAGUUUGAUCCGUUAGACCUUGAAGAUCCAUUCCCUAACAACAAUGGUUCGGUUCACCUAUGGCAUGGCGAUGAGGAUAGGUUUGUGCCAGUGAAGCUUCAGCGCUACAUCGCAUCAAAGCUUCCAUGGAUUCAUUACCAUGAACUCUCUGGAUCAGGACAUUUGUUACCUUAUGUGGAAGGUUUGACUGAUAAGAUCACCAAGUCACUUCUAGUUGGGGAGGAAGAGGUACCUGAGAGUAGAGAAGCUUCUGCUUGAGUCACUGUGGGUUUAUAUCUUCUAAGGUUAAGCAAAUUGCUUCUACUUAUAUUUUCUGAAUCUCAGACUCAGUAAGAUACUUUCUGCAUGUAAUUUUCUACAAGUAAAAUAAGUAAAAAAGAACACCUUAACAAUACAAA